AUCUGUCAACAUGAUAUCCUCCCAGCACCGGGAAUAGGACCAGAAAAACAGCGAUAUCAGGUCUGGGUCAGGCAGACACGGGAUGAAUCCUCACCAGAACCAAAGACAAAAACGAACCCAGGUGAAGUCCCACCUGGGAGAGAGGACGUCACCCGUCUCUGAAGGAGACCAACCUCCUCCGGCUGACACCAGAAACCAGCAAGAGGCUGACAGACAGCCGCAGUACUCAGGUGGAUUCACCGUUAUCCCACCAAAUGAAUCCCUGCGAAGCCAGAUAAAAACAAAGGCUCAGAAAGAGGAGGACGAAUUUCAGAGAUGGAAAGAGGCCCACAGGACUACUUCUGUGCACACGAAUCCAGAGAAGCUGGGUGGCAGUGUAUCAUUGGCUGAAGCCAGGGAGAAACAGUUAAGAGAUUUAAGGUGCUCCAAACUGCAGAAGAAGCUGAGAAAAGAGGAACAGGACAAGAGGAGGAAAGAAGAGGAGGAGGAGGAGCUGCAGAAGAUGAAGACCAUACAGAGGGAGAAGUCGGAGCGUCUGGAGGCAAGGAAGCGGGAGGAUGAUGCAAGGAGGAAGGAGCAUCACCGGGAGGAUCACAGCAGGAAGACGCAGAGUUUUCUGGAGAGGAUUGAGAGCAGGGCAGCGAGACCAUCCAGCAACGCCACACCGACGUCAUCCAGGCUCGAGGAGGUGGAGAACAAACAGAGAAAGUCAAAGAGUGUUGAAGAAUUGGAGCUGGAACGCAAGAGGGUGAACGCAGCCUUUCUGGACAAGCUUGAGGGCAAGAACACAUGGAAGGAGGAAGAGACCCAAAAGGAAAGCACUGUGGAGGAAGAGCAUCCCUAUUUGGCCCCUGUUGACGUGGGACAACAGGCAGCGACUGGACAAGAGCCCUGGACUCACCUGAAACCAGAUUCAGAGCAGAGGUUCUCCGGCUGGACCGAGGAAGCUGAUCCUGAACCCGACCGCGACUGGGCGUUGAUGAAACUGAUAACCAACUUUCCAGACUGCGCCAAAGACUUCCUAGAGGACAUCCUUACCCAGUGCAACGGCGACUACGAGGACGCCUACACAUUACUCAUCUGCACUCUUAGUUAAAUUUAAUGUUUUAGUUGAAGGGGGGGGCUGUCUUUCAUUCAAUUCUAGGGCAGUUAAAACCUCUACAGACACAACCAUAGCAUAGAAAUACCUACGAUGCAGUGUGCGUCCGUUUGAAUCUUUUUUCCAUGAUGCUGUUAAUCACUGAGUGUUUGUCUCUUGUAUCUGUCUGGAUCCACUGGGAUGAGUCAUGUCUGUUUUUUUACCACGUUGUAGAGUUGAUUUGGUGUUUGUGUCCUAUAAAUUUAAUUUAAAAGGUCAUCCCUCCAUGACUCAUAAUCAUUAGUUCAUAUGUGGGUCUCUUAAUUAAAUCCGCCUGCGCAAAUGGAAGAACGCUCAAGCAUCUUUUGUUUGUUUUCUAUAAUUCUGUGCGACAAAGAAGGAAGUAAGGACUGACAUUAGUUCUGCUAAAGUGAAAUACCUUUUUUUCACUAAUUAUAUUAGGGCAUUAAUAAGUUUUAUGUUUUUUAACGUUUUAUGUGAAGCACUUUGUGUUGCAUUUUAUACAUGCAUGAAAAGCGCAAUACAAAUAAAGUUUGAUUUGAUUUGA